CAGCCCAGAUACCACUGCUGUUCACCUGCCUGUCUAUCUGCCCACGAUGAAGCUGAUCCUGACUCUCUCUCUCAUCUGCACUCUCUUCUGCUCAGGUAACACCUCUGACCUCUCACACUGAUAUGGGCAUCUACCAAGAUAAAUAGUUUCUUGACUGCAUCACUCUCAAAUGCCUGUGUUAAUAUUCAUCAUAGCUAAAUUGCUUUUACAGUAUAUUAGUACAUUUUCUUAUUUACUGUGAAUUUGUAUUAUUUUCUUGUUUUUCAGUUGAGAUGCUGCAGUGUUUCAACUGCAUUGGUGCGGAGUGUGGUACAAACCAACCUUUAGUCACCUGUCCAGACUCAUUAAACACAGCAUGUCUCACUGCUACUGUAACCAUACCAGGUGAGUUUAGAGUUGGUUUCCACUUCAUGUUAACGCUUCAAACCAAAUUAAAUUAUGCUGUUAGCUUCCUAAUGAAGUAUGUUUUUGAACCCUCCUGUAUAAUUACAAUGUACAAUAUUUCAUGGUAACUGACUCAUGGCUCUAUGCUACCAUUUCAUUAGAUUAUGUUCUAAAUUCAUCUCUCUUUCUCCGGUUUUGUAAUGGAUCUGUUACUGGUGAAGGUUCCAUAAAUACCACCCAGACAAUCAAGGUGUGUUCACCAAUCUCCAUCUGCGGUGGUCCUCUGAACUCUGAAACCACAGUGUCAUUGAACCUGGGCUUCACAACUGUUGCCUAUAAAGCCCUCUGUUGUAACACUGAUGGGUGCAACAACAACACUCUACUACCGCCAGGUAAGAGAACUGUGUCUUUUACCUAAAUAAGGUUUGGGUUUUUGUAACAAUGUAUUUGAUGUCCUGAUUUCAGUUGUCAUAGUUUGAAGAAAUAUAUGAUCUCAAAUACACCAGCUGAGAUGUCAUGUCUGUUAUGGAGAUUUUUUCAUUUAGUAUAGUUUCAAAGCCACCAAUGUCAAAGAUGGGGAAAAUUUUUAAUAAAGGCAGGAUUUACAACUACAUACUGUAGUCAGAAGUGGAGAGCCUUUGUUGCUGCCCUCUGCACCAGAGUGAGUUAAAUACAUAGCUAAAUCAAUAGAAGUGUAUUUUUCAUGUAUUUAUUUAAUAUUAUUUAUUUAAUAUUGUAGCACUCUGGUAUGUAGUCAGUCACGUAGGCAGGGUUGGAUAGUAAUGGAUUACAUGUAACUGGGAUUACUGGGAUUCCUGAUUGGACAUGUUAAAUUAAACAAUUUAUUUAUUGAAUCAUACCAUUUCAGUAAUCAAUUAGGCUACACUUCUUAAUGAAGCAUUUUAAAAUACUUUGUAAGAUGAUUAGGCUAUAACAUUGUUCCACUGCGUGACGCCGCAACAACAUUUUGGUGCGACCAAAUCAUGGGCUGGUACCACCAACUGAGAACAUUAACAGGCUGCCCUGUGACUAUGCUUUCACACAUAAAAUAUGGAACACGUAAAUUAUAGGAUCUUUAUGUCACGGUUUCGGCCGAGGCUGCUCCUCCUCCUUGCUCGGGCAGGCUUUGGCGGUCGUCGUCCCCGGAGUACUAGCUGCCACCGUUGUAUGUUAUCGAUGUUUGUUUGGUUUUGUCUUCUUUGUACACCUGUUUCCUUUUAGUGUUAAUUAUGUCUGCUAUAAGUUUCUCGUUUUGUUAGUCGUGUGUUGUGUGUAAUUGUUCCGCCUGUCUUUAGGUGCUGCUCGUUUUUGCAUAUGGUAUGUUCUGGAUAGUCGCACUGUGUUUCGUGCGCUAUAGCAUUGAAGUGUUUUACCCACUGCUGCGUAAUAGUUCGCCUCCUGAUUAGUUGAGGCCAGUGUUAUUAUUAUUUUUUCGUUCAGUAAAGUCGGUUGGACGAAGCUUCUGUGUCCUGCGUUUGACUCCUACACCACAUCCACAUCAGCAGUUCUGACACUUUAUCCUCUUACACUAGUCCCCUUUUCUGAAAUUGUCAUUUUACGAAAUGAAAUAAUGCUAUAUUAAAAUAUAAAAUGAUGACAAAUUAUGUCUGGGUGUUAGAAAUGAAGGUAAUCCAAAUGUAAUCCAAAAGUAAUCGGAUUAUGUUACUCAUUUUGAGUAAUCCAUAGGAUUACAUCACUGAUUACGAUACUUUUGAUGUAACUGUAAUCUGUAACAGAUCAAAUGUUUUUAAGUAAUCCUCCCAACCAUCCCUGCAUGCAGUUGGGGGUUAUAACCAGUUAGGCCACUCAUCUAACUGAAGGAAAGUGAAAGUCUUUGGAGUCUUUUCACAACCUUAAUCCUAUACUGUCCAGUCCGUCUUGGGAGUUGAGCAUAUAGUUAAGACUUCAGAUAAAUUCACCACCUUUCUCAGGAAAGUUACACUGUACUGUACUGUCUCAUUGCCUCAAUUCCACUAUCAGAACAAGGACAAAUGAGAACUAAGGAGAACCAGACAACAUGGUUCCUGAAUGUGUUUCCAUUGUAUUACCAAUUAAAUCUGAACAAGAGUUAUUUAGCUACUGUAGCUAGUUAUAUAUUUUUAUAUUUUUAUUUCACCUUUAUUUAACCAGGUAAGCCAGUUGAGAACAAGUUUUCAUUUACAACUGCGACCUGGCCAAGAUAAAGCAAAGCAGUGCGAUAAAAACAACCACUGAGUGUAGAAUACAUAUCCACCAUAAUCCAUAUCUGUUCUCUUCCUACAGCCCCCAGUUCGCAGGCUAACGGACGACAGUGUCCCUCCUGCAGCAGCCCCCAAGACACAGUGUGUAACAGUCCUGUGGCCUGCCUGGGAGUGGAGGACAAGUGUUUUAGUACCAGUGGUGAGUUGUCUUGUGGUUGUUUUCAUGAUACAAAAGCUUAUGACAUUAGGUAAUCUCUAGAUAAUCUUCUGCUGUUGACACAAAGCAGCUAUUAUUGUUGAUUCAAAACAAUUCAGAGAUUUUAGUUGUUUUACGAGAGAAAGGUGUUCGGACAACUUAGUGUUUUUCUCUUUGACAGUGAAACCUGGCUCUAUCAGUUCUACUACGGUGAACCUCCAGGGCUGUACAACUUCAAACGUCUGCAACGCUAUUGAUCAACUGCGGCCUUUAGCAACCAUUGCCAACUUCAGCACUGAGAAUUUCACCUGUAAAACAGCCCCUAACACAGCCUGGUCCAUCAGACUGAGCCUAGUCCCUCUGCUGCUGGGCCUCACCAUCAGCAAACUCAUCUGAUAGGAACAGAGAUGAUAUCGGGACUCAUCUGACAACAUAAUCCAUUGAUUACAAAACAACAGGAUGUACAAUGAUUUUCAUGUAUUGUGAAAGACGUACUUCAAGUGAAAUUAUGCUAUAUGGAAUUUGCCAGAUGAUGCCCUGUUACAUUAUAUAGUGUUCUUGUUUGAUGGAAUACUUUCCUAUAUACUGUAUUACUCUGUACACUGAGUAUACAAAACAUAAAGAACACCUUCUCUUUACAUGACAUACACUGACCAGGUGAA